UUUCUAACCCUGCCAGUGGACCUCUGAAGUGUUUCCUCAGUAUGGCGCCAUACCAGCAUCCUCUCGCGGCCGUUUAAUGCCAUGCUUCUUCGACCAUGUCUUUCUCUCACUUCUUCAACGCUUUUAUCAAGCGUAUUCCUAUUCAGAAAAACGUCAUUACGCAUUCGACGUACUUUCUCUCUCUAGAAAGGGAAUUCUCCAUUUUGGGAUCGGUCUUUCAUGAAUCCCCUGUACUUCGAAGACAUCAGAGAGAUUUUCUCUCUCUGGAAAGGCCACCCUUUUUUUCGACACAGGUCUCACAAGAGGCACCGAGAAGAGAGAGACUUGAUCAUGGAGAUGAGAGAGAGGCUUCAUCGCCAGUUGCUGAGGAUAAUUUAAGGAACAGGAUCUUCAGGCUCAGAUUCCCGAAACGCAGUGCAGUGACAGCGCUAGAGAGAUGGGUUGGAGAAGGAAAACCUGUUUCUCAAGCAGAGCUUAGGCUGAUUGUGAAGGAUCUCAAGAAAUCUCAGCGUUACAAGCAUGCUCUCGAGAUUUCAGAAUGGAUGGCAGACAAAAACAAGAAUCAAAUGUCAGCAACCGACCAUGCUAUCAGGCUUGAUUUGAUUAUUAGUGUCCAUGGUUUGCCACAAGCCGAGGUAUACUUCAAAAAUCUCAAAGAUGAUGCAUCAAGAAAGGCUGCAUGUCUUCCACUUCUCCAUUGCUAUGCGAAAGCCAAGGACACCGAGAAUGCUGAAGCAUUCAUGUCAAAGUUGCAAGGUUGGGGCCUAGCUCUAAACCCAGCGCUUUACAAUGAGAUGAUGAAGCUUUAUAUGGCCACUGGGCGCUAUCGAAAAGUACUCCUUGUGAUUCGACAAAUGAAGCGAACCAUGACUCCUCUCAAUAUUCUCUCUUACAACCUUUGGAUGAAUGCAUGUGGAAUGAUUGCUGGUCCACCUGCCGCUCGUAGGGUUUAUGAGGAAAUGGUGAAUGAUGAGAAUGUAAAUGCAGGUUGGAGCUCAUAUGCCACAAUGGCCAACAUAUAUGUCAAGGCUGGAGAUACCCUAAAGGCAAUGGAGGCAUUAAAAUCAGCUGAACAGAAGCUCUCAAAUAAAAAUCGACUUGGAUAUUUCCUUCUCAUUACACUCUAUGCCUCAUUGAGCAACAAAGAGGGGGUCCUUAGGCUUUGGGAGUUGAGUAAGAGAGUUAAAGGUAGAAUCUCUUGCACAAAUUAUAUGUGUGUAAUGUUGUGUUUAGUGAAGGUCGGGGAUAUUGGAGAAGCCGAAAAGGUUUUUAAGGAAUGGGAGUCGAAGUGUAGGAAGUAUGAUGUUAGGGUUUCAAAUGUGCUUCUAGGUGCUUAUGUGAGGAAGGGAUGGAUGGAUAAGGCAGAGGCAUUGCAUCAACAUACAUUGAGGAAAGGUGCUAUUCCAAACUUUAAGACAUGGGAGAUACUUACGGAGGGGUGGGUGGACCGCAAUGAGAUGGAUAAGGCUGUUGAAGCCAUGGAGAAAGGGCUUUCAAGGUUGAAAGGUUGUAAGUGGCGUCCUUCGAAUUCGAUACUGGCAGCCAUUGCCGAGUAUUUUGAGAAAAGAGGUUCUAUUGAAGAUACUGAAAGAUAUGUGAAUACCCUACGACAUUAUGGACUUGUGAAUAUUUCAGUUUAUAAAUCUUUGCUUAGAGUCUAUGUUCAAGCUCGUAUGGUAACUCUAGACAUUGUAAAGUUGAUGGAGAGUGAUCAAAUUAAGUUUGAUAAGGAAUCUCUUGAUCUUAUUCGUGAGUCAAGGUCCUAUGCCUCUCCUGAAUGAGAGGUGUUAUCCAUGGCUGGUGGACGGGGGCAUGUUAGCUGCAAAGGCAAUGAAAAUGUGCCAUUUAUUUGGUUUAUAUUUUCUGAAACAAGAGAAGAAUUUAUGUGGAUAGGAUUAUUUCUAUGGGCAAGUUUUCUAUGCUUCCUCUACAACAUAAAAGGUAUAUAUUUCCUGGUAUGAACAUUCUGAAUAGACGA